AUGGACCUGCUAAUGGAAAGGCUACAAAGCUUGGAGAAGGAGGGCUACCGGUUUGCAAUGUGGGUAGAAGCUCCUCAGUUCACAGCGAGAUACAUUUGUUCACAGGACAUCGUGGAUACGGAAUUACCGUCAAGCCAAGCCAAGAAAGCGAUAUUACAGCACCCACCUUUAGGAAAGAUCAAGGAUAAGCCUCUUGUGAAAAAAACCUACGAUUUGGAUUUAACCAACCCUUACGCUGUGAGUGCGUAUUUUAAAAAUGUGUUUUCCGCACUUAAGCAAAUGCAUUGCAAGGCCAUUACUAAAGCUUGGAUCAAGGUUGCGGAGCCAAAAAAAAAAUCUAAGUUUCCUUAUAUUAAAGGGGAUUUGUACAAGCCUCCGUGGUGGCCCGCAGAUGUGGAGCAUCGUGAGCCUGACCAUCUGAGGAAAACCGACAGAAUUGGACUGAUGGUUUCAAUUUUGACCCAGAUGGUACCACACAGCGGCGAUCCCAAUCUGCUCAAACGACUUGAAAAUUCGACUCUGUCAAUAAAUCUCGGUCAGAGCUCGUUAGGAGGGCACGCUUUGGACGACGCAUAUCAGGUUUGCAAAGCAUUGUGCAUGGGUCACUCCACCACACGCGCACUGGACUUCCGCCUUUCAGAUGGUUACGAUCCGCCAGUUAGGGACUAUCGGGGCCCAACACCGAAAACUGGCAAUUUUUCCGUGUCAGACUCCCUUACCCCAGUGAGUUCCAUUGGCAUGGGAAGUGAUCCAGAGUCAUUGUCUUAUCCCGGCUUAAGCUGCGAGAAGGUCCAAGUAAAACCCGCCAACGGCUCUUCUGGCGCAGAAUUCAUUUCUGACACCUCGCCCUUCCAAUCUCUUGACCAUAUUGACCACCCUGGGGAUUUAAUUGGUGAGUACAUGCUAAAUCAUGAGAUAGUAAAGGUGCAGCCGAUAAACGUAUUAAGUACUCAGGACUAA